UGGUUCCUUCAUUAAAAGAGUGAUGAAGUCAUUAACCUUUGGUCGUGGAGUAACUGCUUCAAAACUUCUAAACUGAGGAUCAGAUAAGUCAGGAGCCUGCAAUAUAAUAUAUGCUCCUUUGUUUCUGUACCUCUCUCUCGUUGCCUGUAUCAUAACAACAACAAGAUAAAGAUUUUGAUCCGCAUCAAUCUUCCUGUGUCAGAUUACAUUAGAGAAGUACCUGGAACUGUGGAUAGUCUGGAGCACUGAAGAUAGUGAUAAGCUUUCCAGAUUGAACAUCGUGAUCUAUUGUAUAUCCUAAGACCCCAAAGAAGACCAAUGCCUCUCUGUUAAUUUGGAGAAAGGCCUGGAAUCAAUGAAGGAUCAGACCAUAAAACAUCUCCUGGAAUCAAGUUGGAACCUUCCCAAGGAGGAUCAAGAACUGAUCUUCUAGCUUGCAUCAAUUCUUCUAAAGUACCAAGCUUCAAUGAGCUCAGCUCAGGUUCUUGACGAAGCACCAGAGGGUUCUUCUUUCCCCUUGUUCUCUUAGACACAACAGGGCUGCUACAGCCCUCCGUGUGCUGUAUAGACACGUCCAGAGAUAACGGAAGCCAAAGGAAGACCUUCAAAGCAACCUAAACACUUGAGGUACACAUGUUUCCCCUUGUCACCGUAUUUUGUAAGCACUUCCUUUUCGAAACCGUACAUAGAUGUACAGACUUUAGAUGGUGAAUUCAAAUGCAAAAUUCACACUUUUUUUCUCUCUCAAGAAGGCGAUUUCCGGUGAAUUUAUUGCCAUCGCUCCCUUUCCUUUUUCUCUUCCUCACCGUGAGUGAAAUUCAAUUACCGGCCCUUGGCAACGGUAUUCUGUUUUUGGGAAGUGCAUCUCCAAUUUCCUUUUUAGCGAUUCUCCCCCAAUCAAAUCAAAGGAAAAUCUCCCCUUAUUUGUCCAUCUUUCCUCUUAUACCUCUCUUAGCAAUCAAGAAUUUCCAAAUCUGAAUGAAUUCCCUAAAGAUUGUGGCGGAAUAUAGCGUAAUCAAUGGGAGUUUCUCCAUAAUCACUCUUGACCUUCUUCGGAAGAAUCUCCCCCCUCGCCGAAACCUUGCCUACUGCUUCAGCACCACCGCGGAGAAUAUGGCCGAUUUUCUUCACAAAGCCAUUGGAGCAUUGUCUCUUGAAGAUGAGGAACCUCUAGUCCUCCCUGAUAGCCCCCAGUACAGAGUCUUUGAUGAGAAUGAAAAAAGCUUACUGGGUCGUCUUCUCAAUCUGGAGUGUCAAUCAAUGGAAAGAAUGAUUGACUACAUGCCAACGGCUUGGCGUGUGCAAGGGAGAGUUCGUGGAAUUGCGCUGUCUCGAGACAGAUUUCAGUUUGUUUUCCAGCGUGAAGAGGAUCUAGCGACGGUCCUGAAGGACCGCCCAUGGUCGUAUAACCACUGGGCAAUGGUUAUAGAACGGUGGUCUUCCUUCCCCCCGGAGAACUUUCUCCAGAAUAUGAGCCUUUGGAUUCGGAUCAGACAUAUUCCAGCUGAUUUCUUCACUGUUAAAACAAUGUUUAGACUGGCUUCGGAAAUUGGAGAAGUGGAGGAGAUUGCCUAUGACCCUGAGGUAUCUCAUACGAAGGACUACAUCAGAGCGCAAGUGAUAUUUGAUACCACUAAGCCACUGAAAGCAACACGGAAGCUGAGCACACCUGGAAAGGUGGUCACUAUUGAGUUUGAAUAUGAGAAGAUACACAAAAGAUGCUUUCAUUGCUUGCGUCUAACACAUGAAAAGAUCCGAUGUCCUAUGCUGAGGAAAGGUGCUCAGACUGAACAGAGAGUGCCCCCUGAUCCUGUAGAGGAAGUGGCGAUAGCCCAGAGCAAGCGUAAUGCGACACGUCCAGUUGAGAUCUUGGAGGGGCCACCUGGUUUUCCACCCUUGUUCCCGGAGCUAUCUAAACAAGACUUGAAAAUGGCUAUGCAGUACAUCUCAAACUCUGAUCCAACAGAGAGAAUGGCCAGGAUUGAAAGGGUUCGGCAAGGAAUUGAAGACAACAAAACAGAGGCCUCAGUGCGACUUACAAGAAUCUCGGGUGAUUUGGAUAAAGGAAAAGGCCAUGUUUUUAGUUACACGGAACCAUCUUUCUCUCAGCUGCUGCAACGACAGACUGACAAUGCCCUGAUGAUCUCUGCCAUACCAACAACCUCUCGUGGAGAAGAACAAGAGACAUCAUCUUCAUACUCUUCGGCUCUAUCUGCUCCAACCUUGACUUCGACGGGUUUUCAGCUUGGCCCCUCGCUGGAGGGGCGAGCCUCCGGAAGCCUGAGUCAGAAAAAAACAAUGCGCCGACGGCCCACCUCCUGGAAAAGGAAAGUGACUCCGAAAGCCAGUGCUGCAACAGAGGACCAAGUGGGCACAUCUCACCCAUCUUCUCAACGCAACACGAAGAGGAAAUCUACUUCUCCUUUGCUCGCUUCAGACAACAAAAACCUGAAAACAUCAGAACCUACGGUGGCUUCCAGUGUGAAGCCGCUGCUGCCCCAAUGA